AUGAAAAUAUCGAUUUAACACACUCCAUCGAUAAUUUCCCAGCUCUAAUUCACGCGGCGGCCUCAGAUUAGAAGCAGAAAAAGAUGAACCUCAAUUACAAUCCGAAUGCGGGUAUGCGGAAUCGUAAGUGGGAAAAUUCACAAGGUGGCAGCCGCCGUCCACAAAGGGUCAGCGAUAUGAAUGCUAUGGGGCCAACUGCUCCUAUGCCGGGACCUUCCACCUAUAUGCCGCAACCCGCGCCAGGGCCUACAAUGCUCGACCCCAAUAUGUAUGGAGCCGCAGCUGCAGCUCCGCCAGUGAACAACUACGGGUUUAAUGGAGUUCAGUCCCAGCUUCCACCUCAACAGCAGCCGCAACAACAGCCAAAUUAUAGUUACCCACCUCAGCCACAGGGCCCAGCAGCUCCACCUGCUUAUGGAUUCAAUGCGCCACCCCAACAGGGCGCGGCACCUGCUCCCCCUGGCCAAUAUCCAGCACAGUUUGCAAUGUUUCAACAACCUAUUGUGCAGGAUAUGGCCAUGCAAUAUGGCCAAAAAUUGGCCGACCAAGGCAAACAAUUGGUCGAAAACCAAUUCGAGAAAUGGGUGCCUGUUUCCAAGCUAAAAUAUUACUUUGCUGUUGAUAAUGCCUAUGUGGGAAGGAAGCUACGCCUUCUUUUCUUUCCAUACAUACACAAGGACUGGUCACUAAAAUACGAUCAGGAGCAUCCAGUGCAGCCACGCUAUGACAUUAAUGCACCCGAUCUAUAUCUGCCCACAAUGGGUUUCAUUACAUAUGUAAUCGUAGCCGGACUCUUGCUCGGCAUGCAAAAACGCUUUUCACCGGAACAACUUGGCAUUCAGGCCUCUAGUGCCAUGGCCUACAGCGUAUUGGAAUUGGUCAUCUACUCCAUUGCCCUGUAUGUGAUGAAUAUUAAGACGAGCCUUAAGACUUUGGACCUGCUGGCAUUUAUCGGCUACAAGUAUCUAAACAUUGUGGCAAGUCUAAUGCUUAGCACUCUGUUCUUUCGAUCAGGCUACUAUAUGGCCUUAGCAUAUACAAGCUUCGCCUUUGGCUUCUUCCUGCUACGAACACUGAGGACAAAGCUUUUGCAUGACAAUACGCCAGCUGCACCCAGCGGUGCAAUUAACUACGACCCUUAUGGCAAUCCGCAACAGUUUGACUAUAGCGGUGGUAAAAAACGAAAGCUGUACUUCCUAUUCAUGGUGAUAAUUGGUCAGGCUUUGUUUUCCUUUUGGCUCUCAAAGCAUUUGUAUCUGGUUGAGACCGAAAAUCUGGCGAUGCCCACAACAAUUUAGAUAUAUUAUAAAAAACAUUUAUAUAGUAACUCGAUCGAAAUUAUAAAAUUGUGCUACUCACCAAUGUAAAAUCAUUUCCAAAAUGUUAAAUUUUCUUACAUAGUUUACAUAUAAUAAUGGUUUGACGUUACUAGAAGAACGAUAAACAAAUAUAGUGAAUCUUUAUCAUCAAUUUAGAUGCAUGAGAGAAAUGUAAACCCAUAUUUUUGUUAAUACAGAUUACUUUUUAUAUAAAUAAAAAAUAAAAAAAAAACUUCAA